GCGAGCGCUGACGACAGCAGGUGAUUUUUUUCUGCAGCGCGCACACUCUCAGCAUCUUUUCUUGAUCACCCCCCUCCCUUGCUGAGCCGCAAAAAAGGGUGGGGCCGCCUCUCUGCAGCAGAGACGGCGGCGGCGGCGGCGGCGGUUGCAGCAUCACCAGGGGUACCGAUACGGCAGAGGCACUCUGCUCUGUCUGGGUUGGAGGUGACCGCUGCCGAACCCUACUAGGCGGCCGACUUGAACCAGACAGAAAGGAGACAAGAACCUAUUUGCCCAGCUCUCUCUAUGCGCCAUGGCUUAAUCCCACAGCCUCCUUGCCAAGCAUCUCCUCGCUCGGCCGGGGUCUGCGUGACACCGUAGCCGCAGGAAGGGCGCGCCCAGACGCCCUAGGCCUGGACUCUGGGACGCCGAACCUCGCUCUCAUCCGUCACGGGCCACAGCAGGUCCUCUGCCGAAGGCGUUUGCAGACGGUAAUCGAGGGACUUUGUGGACUUUAUUUCAGCUGUAUCUCGUCCUCAGGUGCUCUUUGAGGGAGGAGGACAAGGAAAACGGCUGCUAGGGGGAGGAAGCGGUGGGAAUCACAUUGUCGGGUCUGGAUUGGGGUUAAAGGGAGACUGGGGGUUUGAUUUAGGACCACCAAAAGAGAGAGAGGACCGGUUUUGCACCUAGCAUCAUGGCGUGGCCGUGCAUCACAAGGGCCUGCUGCAUCGCCCGCUUCUGGAACCAGCUGGACAAGGCGGACAUUGCGGUGCCCCUGGUUUUCACCAAGUACUCGGAGGCCACGGAGCAUCCAGGGGCCCCGCCGCAGCCGCCAGCGCCGCUGCAGUCAGCGAUAGCGCCCCCCUCGCGCGCUGUCGCCAUAGAGACGCAGCCGGCCCAGGGCGAGUCGGAUGUAGUUGCCCGGGCAACAGGGCCGGCGCCCGGGCCCAGCGGCGACCGCGAGAGUGCAACCGCCCCCGGCCGGAGCGGCCCGGGCCUGGGCGCGGCCUCGGGCUCCACUUCCGGCUCAGUCACCGCGGACUCGGUGAUGCGACAGGACUACCGCGCCUGGAAAGUGCAGCGGCCAGAGCCCAGCUGCCGGCCGCGCAGCGAGUACCAGCCUUCCGACGCGCCCUUCGAGCGCGAGACCCAGUACCAGAAGGACUUCCGCGCCUGGCCACUCCCCCGCCGCGGGGACCACCCCUGGAUCCCCAAGCCGGUGCAGAUCCCUUCGACUUCUCAACCUUCCCAGUCUAUUCUUGGGGUGCCCAAGCGUCGUCCGCAGAGCCAAGAGCGCGGGACCAUGCAGACCUCUACCGAAGCCCGGGACCCGGAAGGCGGUGGAGGAGCCGGGGUGCCGGCGGCGGGAAAGGCUUCGGGUGCAGACCAGCGCGACACACGCAGGAAGGCGGGACCGGCCUGGAUGGUGACUCGCACCGAAGGGCACGAGGAGAAGCCGCUGCCCCCGGCCCAGUCCCUGACCCAGGAGGGCGGCCCUGCAGCUGGAAAGGCCUCGGGUGCAGACCAGCGUGACACACGCAGGAAGGCCGGGCCCGCGUGGAUGGUGACUCGCACCGAAGGGCACGAGGAGAAGCCGCUGCCCCCGACCCAGUCCCUGACCCAGGAGGGCGGCCCUGCAGCUGGAAAGGCCUCUGGUGCAGACCAGCGUGACACACGCAGGAAGGCAGGACCGGCCUGGAUGGUGACUCGCACCGAAGGGCAUGAGGAGACGCCUCUGCCCCCAGCCCAGUCCCUGACCCAGGAGGGCGGCCCUGCAGCUGGAAAGGCAUCUGGCUCAGACCAGCGUGACACACGCAGGAAGGCCGGGCCCGCGUGGAUGGUGACUCGCACAGAAGGGCAUGAGGAGACCCCUCUGCCCCCAGCCCAGUCCCUGACCCAGGAGGGCGGCCCUGCAGCUGGAAAGGCCUCGGGUUCAGACCAGCGUGACACACGCAGGAAGGCCGGGCCCGCGUGGAUGGUGACUCGCACAGAAGGGCACGAAGAGAAGCCUCUGCCCCCAGCUCAGUCCCUGACCCAGGAGGGCGGCCCUGCAGCUGGAAAGGCAUCUGGUGCAGAUGAGCGUGACACACGCAGGAAGGCAGGACCGGCCUGGAUGGUGCGUCGCUCUGAGGGGCACGAGCAGACACCCGCUGCCCAAGCCGCAGGGCUCGAAGGCGGCAAAGGGCGCGCCGUGGCAGAUGCCCUCAAUAGGCAAAUCCGGGAGGAGGUGACGAGUACAGUGAGCAGUUCCUACAGGAACGAAUUCAGAGCGUGGACAGAUAUCAAGCCUGUGAAACCGAUCAAAGCCAAGCCCCAGUACAAGCCCCCGGAUGACAAGAUGGUUCAUGAGACCAGCUACAGCGCCCAGUUCAAAGGAGAGGCUAAUAAGCCCACUGCAGCUGACAACAAGGCCAUGGAGCGCAGAAGAAUACGAAGCCUCUACAGCGAGCCCUUCAAGGAAUCCCCGAAGGUAGAGAAACCUAGUGUUCAGAGUUCCAAACCAAAAAAGACCUCAACGAGCCAUAAGCCCCCGAGGAAGGCCAAAGACAAGCAGGUGGUAUCGGGCCAGGCUGCCAAGAAAAAGACCACAGAGGGCCCCGGUGCCACCAAACCCGACGACAAGGAGCCAAGUAAAGAGAUGAACAAUAAACUGGCUGAGGCGAAAGAGAGCCGGGUCCAACCCGCCAAGGAUGCACAUAAGAAUCAAGGUCCUGUAGCCAAAGAACCACACAAGGAUCAAGGGCCUGUGGUCCCAGGGCUUCCAAAAGGCCAAGGGCCUGUGGUCCCAGAGCCUCUGAAGGACCAAGGCCCCAUGGUGCCAGAACUGCCAAAGGACCGAGUUCCUGUGGUCCCGGGCUCGUUAAAGGACCAAAGCCCUACACCCCUGGGCCCACCAAAGGAUCAAGGUGCUGUAUUCCCAGGGCUCAUGAAAAAUCUAGGUCCAGGGGCCCCAGCACCAGCCAAGGAUCAAGACCACGUGGCUUCUGAGCCUUUAAAGAAUAAAGAUUCGGUCAUCUUAGCACCAGCCGAAGCCAAAAGCCCUUUGCUGCCGGAGCCUCUGAAGAAUCAGAGUCCCGUGGUUCCAGCAAGAGCUAAGGAUCAAAUUUCCCCAGCACCAGCACCUUUAAAGGACCCAGGUCCUGUGACCCCCGAACCUGGGAAAGACCGAGCUCCUUUGAAAGACCCAGGUCCUGUGACCCCCGAACCUGGGAAAGACCGAGCUCCUUUGAAGGACCUAGGUCCUGUGACCCCUGAGCCUUGGAAAGACCGAGCUCCUUUGAAGGACCCAGGUCCUGUGACCCCUGAACCUGGGAAAGACCGAGCUCCUUUGAAGGACCCAGGUCCUGUGACCCCUGAACCUGGAAAAGACCGAGCUCCUUUGAAGGACCCAGGUCCUGUGACCCCUGAGCCUUGGAAAGACCAAGCUCCCGUGGUCCCAGAGCGUAGAAAGGAGCAGAAUGUCACAGUCACGGCACCUUUGAAGAGUGAAGCCCCUGUGGUCUCUGAGUCCAUGAAGAAUCAAGGCUUAGCAGACCCAGUCAAAGGUACAGAUACAGUGGUCCCCAGGCUUAUGAAGGGAAAUGAUUCUGUGUUUGUAGCACCUAUAAAGAACCAAGGUUUAGUGACCCCUGAGCCAGUGAAGAGCCAAGACCCCAUUAUCCCAGCACUAGCCAAGGACCAAGGUCCCAUGGUCCCAGAGCCUCCAAAGAAUCAGAGCCCUGUGGUCCUUGGGCCUGUAAAGAAUCAAGACCCUAUAAUCCCAAUACCUCUGAAGGGUCAGGAUCCCCUGGUGCCAGCCCCAUCAAAGGACCAAGGUCCUAUGGCCCCUGACCCUCUGAAAACUCAAGGUCCUAGAGGCCCUCAACUGUCCACAGUCUCAUCUUCACCCCCAGUCAUGAUCCCAACAGUUCCCCAUGCAGAAUAUAUGGAGGGAUCCCCUUGACUCCCCUGAAACGCCAUGAAGGAUCUGGAAGUGGAGGAGCUCCCCUCCUGGGGAGGCAAAGACAUAUAUUUAAUCUGCAUGAAACCGUGCUGUAGUCUUGCUGGAAUCUAAUAAAACCGGUCCCUCUGCCUCA